AACGGUGGAGGAGCAAAUACGGGUGCGUCAAUUAGAAAUGCCUUUAUUCAACGAAGUGAUUUUAAUGUAUUCACUGUCGAUUGGAGUGUGGGUGCAGUCACUCCUAACAUUGCUAUCGCUCGUGGUCAUAUAAAUGCAGUUGGGCAAGUAGUCGCGCAAUUCAUUGAUUGGCUGAAUGUGCACGGACUUCCGUUUAGUAAUAUUUCGGUAAUCGGUCACAGUUUGGGUGCACAUGCUGCAGGAGCGACAGGCAAAAGAACAACACGUGGAAAGCUCGCUACAAUUGUUGGCUUAGAUCCGGCUAUUUCCUUUUUCUCCAUCGACGAUCCGGCGAACAGACUUCACUACUCAGAUGCCGAUUAUGUGGAAGCUAUCUUUACAGAUGUUGGACAAUCGGGGUUUGAACUACCACUAGGACAUGCAAAUUUUUAUCCAAAUUGGGGAACAGCUCAACCAGGCUGUGGCAUUGAUAUUAACGGACUUUGUUCGCAUGUCAUUGUCACCGAAUUUUAUGCGGAAUCGAUAAAUCCCGGCAACGUUUUCGGUGCUACACGCUGCCGUGACUUCAAUGAUAUCCGUACACGAAACUGUGUUAGCAGUGGUGCUGGAAGGCGUUUGGGUGGAGAACCAGUUAAUGAUGGUCCAAGUAAUCCAGAUAGUGUAUUUUUCUUGAGCACUCAUGCGGCUCGUCCGUUCGCACAAGGACCACGCUAGAUUUCAUUUCUAGACCAAUAAAAUGUUGUCGU